CCCCCAGUCAAACGCGAGUUUGCCGGACCCGAGCCUGAUCCUUGGGCCGUUCUAGCCGGAGCACCCCCCGUUUCGAGUGAUAGUCAGGCUCUGUACUGUAGUUCUCGAAGUUUUGCCGACCAUUCAACACCCAGAAAACUUGUAACCGAUGCUCAAAUUCACAAUACCGGGGAGCGUGAGGUGGGGUUUAACUUUAGCGGGACUUUUUAAAUCUUAGAGGGAUGAUCCGCUGGCCUUGGCGGAGAAUAGCUCGAGAGCGCCUGUGGCGUUCUGAGACCCAAGCCUCAACCCCAGCCCAAGUGCCCAGAGAUUUACACUUCAGCUCCCCAAUCUCUGGGGGGAAAAGAGAUGUGAUGGUAUUUAACAGAGCCUGCUGCUCCACUCUUCCAUUCUCGUACACAUGUUGCAUGUUACACAAACAGUUUGUGUCGACUCAACCAGAGAUUGAUAAUCGCAUGCAGUCCCCUUGCGAUAUUCAAGAUGUCGAUGGAUGAAUCCAAGAGUGGCCGCGAGGAACGUACGACGGAGGAUGCGACCAAGUCUUUCAGCGAACGAGAUCCGGAGAAAUACGAAGAAAGCAAUGGGUUCAACUCUUCAGAAAAUCUCAGGCUCGACAACAAUGGCCUGCCACUCGUUCCCCAACCCAGUCGCUUCAAAGAUGAUCCUUUGAAUUGGCCCUCAUGGCUGAAAUGGGCAGUCCUUAUCCAAGUAGGCUUCAUGGCCUUCCUGGGGCCUUACAACUCCGCCCUGAUCAAUCCCUCCCUCGUCCUCCUCUCCAAUGCCAUAAAUGUCUCCUCGAAAACUGCCGCUUACACCACCACAACUUCCAUAAUCCUCGGGGGUAUCUCGCCCUUCAUCUGGACCCCACUCACAAACUACCACGGGCGACGACCCAUCACUCUGGUCGCCAUCCUCUUGACAAUCCUCGGCGGCAUUGGUUCGGGGGUGUCGUCCAGUUUCUCGGAAUUGAUGGGGACUCGAGUGGUGGCUGGUUUUGGAUUCGGAGGGAUGAUGAGCGUAGGAACGGCGUGUGUGAACGACAUGUUCUUUCUGCAUGAACGGGGAGAAAAGACGGGCGUCUAUUCGUUAUUCGUUACCAACGGUGCUCAUGUUGCUGCGUUAGUUGGAGGUUUUCUCGGUCAAUCCGCAGGUUGGCAAUGGGACUACUAUCUAGGAGCUCUCAGCACCGCUCUCUCAUUCAUAAUCGCUUUCUUCCUCUUCCCCGAAACGCUUUUCUCCCGCGACCCAAAUUUCCUCUCGAACCGCCACCAUGAACGAACAUACACCCAAAUGCUCUUUGACUUCAAAGGCAACAUGAUCCCCGGCCGCCAUCUCCACGUAUCCGAUUUCCUCCAAUCUUUCCGCAUGCUCAAAUACCCAUCCGUCCUCUUCCCCUUCUGGUACUAUACCUGGUCCUGGACUUUCAUAAAUGUCAUGCCCGCCGUCUCCCUCGCAACUAUAUACACGCAAUUCUAUCACCUCAGCGCUGGACCAAUUGGCGCCUGUCUGGGCAUCUCUCUCAUAAUCGGCUCAGUCCUCGGUGAGCUCUCCGCUGGCAAGCUCUCAGAUAUCGUUAUGCUCUUCUUCGCGCGCCGCAACUCCAACAUCCGUAAACCCGAAUUCCGUCUCUACCUCUGCACCCUCUCCGCCAUCUUCAUGCCCCUCGGCCUCAUCAUUUUUGGUGCCACAGUCGGAAAAUACAACCAAUACGUCCCCCUAGUCGGCCUUGGAGUCGGAGUCUUCGGUCUCCAGAUCGCAAGCACAACACUCUACGCCUACGUUUCCGAUUGCUACAAACCCCAGACGCCAGAAUCAGGUGUACUCUUUAACCUGAGCAGAGGGUUAAGUUUCGUGGUGGGGUAUUUUGCGCUGCCGUUUGCGGACAGGGUGGGGUAUUUUUGGGCUUGGUUUACGUUUGCUGCUGUUUUGUUUAGUUUCUUCUGGCCGAUACUGGCGUUGAUGAGGUGGGGAGAAAGGUGGAGGAUAAGGUUAGGGGAGCCGAGAUUUCAUCGGUAUUUGUGAUGUUUGUUAUGUAUGAUCACGAUUCACGAGAAAAGGCGUACCGGACAAAAGCUAGAGUAUGGUGCCCCAGAGUUUGUGGGACAAUUGGAACAAGCAUCAGUAGAGCUGCAUGGCGAGAACUAUGACCAAAUCGAGAUAUCCAUCUUGCAGGGGCCCGCUAAUGGAGUUCAAGUUGGCAGCCACGAACAAUACAGCUAUGUCAGCUUGCCAGAAAUAUAGAGACAUGCAGCUUCAAUUUGAAGAGUGCAUCUAUGCGAAUU